AUGUCUCGAACUUCGGGUGAACAAUUCUCUCUCGAGGAGAAAUUGCAGGCUGCUCGUGAGCUUCGUGCCAUGUUUGGCACGGAGAAUCGCCGCGGCCAAGGCCGUGGUGGCCGAGGCGGCAGCAGCUCGGGCCGUGGUCGUGUCCCCCAAGGCCGUCCCUAUCCCGGAAGUGGUGGCUUCGCCCCGGGCAGCACUUCUACCCCCUCGAUGUUCCACCGUUCGCUGGCCUCGGCCAAUCCGGCUGCUGUUUCGACUCCCAUCUCGCGAACUCCUGCCGCCGCCGCCCAGACUGCUACAGCGUCGGGUACUUCGACCGCACCCAACCGACCCAAGACUUCCUCGCAACUCACCUUCCUUAACUCGGCUGCAGACACCAAGCCCAUUGGUAGUAUCACCCUCCAGGGCUUCGGCGGUAAUGUCGGCCAUGGAACUGCUGUCAUUUCGCCCCAGACAGCGCCCGCCGUACUCCGAGACGCUACGAACCAGCACGGUCCUGUCAACAAUGUCCUAACCAAGCAAGUUGAGAACAAGUCGGCGUCUUUUGUUGCAGCUGGUCAACCUCGCCUGCCGGGUCUUGAUGCCAGCCGUUUUGCCAAGGCGAAUGCAGAGCCGAGUAACAAGUCUGCUACUAGUCACACUCGCAAGGCUUCAUUCGCAAGCGAUGUGGAGAUGACUGAUGUCACAGCCUUGCUGACUCAAGGUAUGGGUGGACUGACAAUCGGUCGUUCUGGCCACAAUGCUUCCCAGGCCGCGGAGAACGCGACUCUGAAGGAGUCCCAGCGCGGUCAGAGGCCUCAGCCGCAGGAUAUGGAAGAUCGCUAUGCCAGGAUGGAGAACUGGGUUCCCGCCUGGGUUGUCGCUUCGGCUUCCUCUGGCUCGACCAACCAGUCUGCGGUCCCGCGAUCUGCCCAGCCCGCGGCCCAGCCCAGCACUGCAGCGUCUAACACCACCCGCCAGGGCGGCAGCGGUCCGCGUCGUGGCCACGGAGGCUUGAUGGAUUCUCGACACAACAGCAACAAGAAGCCGGCAACUUGUCCCAAGAGCAUGUAA